AUGACAUCAAAUACAGACGUUUAUUUCAGUCCCUUGGAUACAGGUUCUAAUUCCGAUAGCACCGAAUUUACAGAUUCAUUGCCCCUACCAGAAUCACAACAUAUAGAUACUCCACCCAAUAAAUAUUCAACUAAUGACAAUACACAAUAUAAUGUUGAAUUCGAAGGGGAAAUACUCGUUAUAGAUUCUACCAACUGGCGUCACUCCAAUCUCCUAAAAGCACAAAUCUUAUCUGGAUACUUAAUCUUCACUUUAUUUGGAUUAGCUGAACAAACAGUUGGAACAUUAAUUCCUAUACUACAAUCCCAUUACAAAAUUAAUGAUUUGGAAAUAAGCCUCAUUUUCCUAUUUGGUGUCUCGGGAUACCUUACCAUGGCCUUGAUAAAUAACCUAUCCCAUGAAUUGGUAGGGAUUAAAGGUGUGGGAGUACUAGGAUCAAUUUGUAUGACAGUUGCAUAUUUGACCAUGUCUACAAAACCUCAUUAUGGCAUAUUUUUGAUUUGUAGUUUAGGUAAUGGGAUAGGGCUCGGGGCAUUGGAUGCUGCAUUUAAUACUUGGAUGGGUAACUUAGUUGAUUCAAAUCAAUUAAUGGGGAUCUUGCAUGGAUGUUAUGGAUUGGGAAGUAUGAUUAGUCCAACUUUAAUUACAUAUUUAUUGGAAAAGAAACACAACCCAUGGAAUUGGAAUGAUUAUUAUGUAGUUUUAUCUAUCUUAGGAGGAAUGGCAAUCGUUAUGAUGAUAACUACGUUCAAAUAUGAAACUCCAAAGAAAUACAAGUAUGUCACUCAAUUACGAAACCAAAGGGCCAAAAAUAAUGAAAUCGAGUUAGAUCAUAUCAAGUCAACAACUACCCAAUUUGAGAUAGAUGAAUUAGAAUCUCAGGAAUAUGAUGAACCGAGUUCUGCCACUCUUGGAAUGACAUUAAGAUCAAAACUUGUCUGGCUCCUUUCGUCGAUCUUAUUCAUUUACGUUGGAGCAGAAGUUUCCUUUGGGGCAUGGUUAGUGACAUACCUCCUCAGAAUAAGAAGUUGGACUUACAAACAUUCUUCCUACAUGGCGACGACAUUCUGGUCAGGAUUAACUCUCGGUAGAAUGGCAUUAGGGUUUGUAACUGCUCAUUACUUCAAGGAUGAACUUACGGCAAAUUUCACCUAUAUCCUAAGUUCACUCCUUGGGUAUAUAAUAUUUUGGUUAUUUGCCCAUACAUCCUUGAACUUCAUAUUGUUCAUUAUAGUAUUUGCAACUGGGAUAGUAGUUGGACCAAUAUUCCCUACAACAAUCGUAGCUCUGGUAAAUAUCUUACCUGCAAAAUAUCAAACUUCAGGAAUAGGGUUUAUAUGUGCAUUUGGAGGUGGUGGUGCAGCUGGUGUGCCAUUCUUAAUUGGACUUGUUGCCCAAUCCAGUGAUUUUGGAUUACGUAUUAUGCCAUUAAUUAUCAUCAUUUUAUUUCUGGUGCUUUCAUUAAUGUGGUUCGUGGUAAUCCGAACCCAUUCAAAAACCUAUAAACGGAAUACUAUAUAG